AUGGAUGCAAGCAUUGUCGAUAUCCUGGAGACUCUGGCCAGGGCCAGCCAGAAUCCAGAAGUUGACCCUAGAAAGAGAGAGCUGGCGAUGUUUCUCUGUAUCUCAUACAACUUCCAUAGAAACGUCAACCUUCUUGUGGCCCAAGCCAGUGCCUUGGCCCAGGGCAAAAAUUUCAUCCACUCUUCUCAUCGUGUUCAGGACCCGAACACCGCUGUUUAUCGCCAUGGUAUAUCCGUACAGAAUUUGAUGAACGAGCACGGGAUCUUCCCCAACUUGUCCGACCUUGACGGUCGUCCUAUUUCCCUCCUUCACAUGGCGAGUAGCUCUAUUGAACCUGCGUUGAAUGGCCCCGCCAAAAUGAUCUUCUAUGACAAUCUUCUUGCGAUGGAGCGCAAGGCAAACGAAGAUCUCGCCAGAUGUGUCGAAAAGUACGGAUACCAUUACAUCUUCAAAGUUGGACUCCAGGAGUACUACGUGAGCAAAUUGGUCACCGAACAUGUCACUUUCUGGAGAAGACACCCCCUUGGGGACGAACACCGCGCUCGUGCCCAGAGAAUCUGCUAUGAGUUUGCAGAACGCCGCCUUCGUCUCAAUGCCUCCGAAAAGCAAAUCCUGAUUCAAAUCACACACAGUGUCCCUGAAGAUGCAAACAAAUUCUGUAAGUAA